AUGUCUACCUUCUCAACCCCGUCCAGUGAUCCUCCCAAGAGGGAAAUGCAGUAUUUCCCCGAUAUGACUGCGGCCUUGCCGUCCGAGUCUGGAGAGUUUCGCCGUGUUCUUUGGACAGGCUUGUACUCCCAGCUAGUCCUGAUGACUGUACCUGUCGAUGGUGAUAUUGGCGAAGAGGUUCAUACCGUCGAUCAAAUCCUUACCUUCACAUCAGGCAAGGGUCUCGCGCAGGUUGCCGGCACGGAGCAAGAAGUCAAGGCCGGCGAUAUGGUAAUUGUACCGGCAGGAACCAAGCAUCAAUUCUUGAACAAGGGACCGACACCAUUAAUCUUGUACACGGUUUACUCCCCAGCUGAGCACAAGUCAACAACGGUUCAUAAAACCAAGGAACAGGGCGACAAGGAAGAGGAGGAUGGUAUCGAUGUAGCCCCAGAAUGGAGUCGACGUAGCAAGGAGCAGAAUGAGAAAGAGGGGUGGGUGAAGGGGGAUUAUAGCUGCAGUCCGAGAUCCUUCAAAGGGCCUGCAAAAGCUCUACUAGACCUGCCAAAGGGCGGAGGUUCCAAAAUCAUCAUCGUCAAGAUCGACUCUUCCAUCGAAACCGACCCCGCGGAAGCCGUUUCUAUACUACAGCGGGAUCAUAACAUGCCCGCUUUAGAUGUCGUUAUCGCGAAUGCCGGUAUUGCCCAUUCGAGCGGCCCUGUCAUCAGAACUUCGACUGCUGCAAUCAGAGAUCACCUUUCUGUCAGCACAAUCGGACCUCUCUUGUUGUUCCAGGCAACAGCUCCGCUACCCAAAGCUAGUAAGACUGGUCGUCCGGUCUUCGUAGCCGUUACCUCCAUUCUUGGUACGAUCUCCGGCAUGGAGUCCCUGGAGAGUUUACCGCCGGCAUUGAGCCCUUACGGUGCCAGCAAAGCUGCGCUGAAUUGGUUCAUUCGGAGAUUGCAUUUCGAGGAGAUGUGGCUCACGAGCUUCCUCUUGCAUCCCGGCACCGUCGCCACAGACAUGGUGAAAUCCGUAAUCGACGGGACAGAUUUGAAGUUUGAAGAUCUCGGAGUCAUAUAA